GGUUUAUGAAAGAAGUGGUUUGUGCAUAAAACACUAGAGGCAACCACGGUUUAUGAGUGUGUAGGUAUAAAUAGAGAAGCCGUGACUGGUGAGGGCAGAUCAUUUGUGAGGUUGCAAAAAUUUGGAGAAGGUUGGUGGGUGAGAGAGAAAGAUAGUUUUUUGGUUUAGUAGUUUGUUUGAGAUUCUGAACCAGCUGAGUGGCGAACCGAUGGAAGAAGAAGCUCGCAUGUACCGGUUAAAUGGCGUCGCGCAUGUGGCUGGAUUUAUCGACCAAGAGCCUACUAGAGUUAUUAGCGGUGUGAGGAGACAACAGAAUAUGCCUUUACACGACCGUAUCAUACCGUAUCUGGAAACCGCGGACUUGUAUCAUUUGGCUAGGCUGAACAGUCAGUGGUUCUGGGUUGAUGAGCCUCUACUUAGUGCAUUCAUUGAGAGGUGGCGUCCUGAGACCCACACCUUUCACAUGCCCUUUGGGGAGUGUACGGUCACCUUGGAAGACGUGGCCUAUCAGCUGGAUUUACCGAUUGAUUGUGAGCCUGAGUGGGUGCCUUAGUGAGUUUGAGAAUCUGAUAGAAAAUGGAAGACCGACAUGGGUGUG